UACUACCAAUAUAUUGCACCUCAAUAUUGACGAAACUACAUAGUCCAAAGACAACUACGACCAGAAACACUACCAUGAAUGCACAUCAAACUACUACAGACCCUACAUAUUAACAACACAGGCGAUCAAUAAAAAAAGACUACAAAAAACUUCAAUGCAAAAACACUACCACAACUAUUAGGACGGUGCUAACCCCCUAUAGGAUUAGCACCGUAACUUGUUCCAACGGGUAGAAAUAGGUAAGGACUAGUUGGGAUAUCUUUUGGGCGUGGGUAGUGUUUCCAAAAUUUUCGGAGUGAGGUUUGCGAUCCAAACGCGGAUAAUUGUGGAUUUGUGGGAGAGAAUCUUUGACGGUUUGGGUGACUGAAUGGUACCAAUCUUUAGCGGCAUUAUUUUUUUUUAUUUGUGUAGUGAUUUUUAAUAAUUUUUUCCUAAAGAUCAAAUUUUGUUUUUUCUUCUAGUAGUGGUUCUCUAAUGAUAUAAUAGUGAUUUCCGUAACAGUGAUUUUAAAAAUAAUGUUAGUACGAUUUUAUGAUUUUAUAGUAGUGAUUUUAUAGUUACGAACAUGACGGCAGUAGUGUUUCUAAUGAUGUAUUAGUAGUAAUUCUUGAUUAUUGAAAUUAUAAUCGGUAUAAUAGUAUUGAUUCUACUAAAAAUUAUCAAAAUUACUACUAAUAAAUCAUAAAAUUACUACUACAAACAUGAAAUAAAAUUGGUAGUAGUGUAUUAUCAAAAUCACUACUAAUAAAUCAUAAAAUCAAUACUAUCCACACCAAAUUACUACUACAAACCUCAAAGAAAAUUGGUAGUAGUGUUUUUAAGAGAACACAAUAUUUUAUUAUGUAUGACAGUAUGGUUUAGAAAGAGAGACGUGAUGGAGAGAAGGGAGAGAGAGAUGUAGAUCCUGGGAUAGUAAACUGGAUCUUAUUAAAAUUCCAAAAAAUCAGCCCAAAUAAAUAAAAGAUAAAGUUUUUUUUCCCUCUUUUCUAUUACUACUUUGCCCUUUUUAAAUGCUAGUUAGUAUGGUGCUAACCCCUUAUACAAUUAGCACCCUAUCUCUUCCCAACAAAGACACAUACUUCAUUAAUAUAAUUGAGGUCAAUAAUUAAUGAGCAUGUUAAGAGUUUGGCUGCCAACCAAUUUAACUCCUGGUACUAAUAAACAUGAUAAGAUGUUCCAUCAUACAAUAUACCAUGUAACUUACAUAAUGGUAUAGUAACUUACAUAAUGGUAUAUUUUUUUAUAUUUUUCUUUCAGGUGAAAUUCCAGUGGAGUUGGGUAAUCUAAAUGCUCUUGAAAAUUUAAAUCUUGGUGAAAAUAGAUUAAGAGGGCUAGUUCCAAGAACAAUCUUCAACAUCUCAACCAUGAAGAUAAUUGCUCUUUUUGACAAUCAACUAUCAGGGAAUCUCCCAACAACUAUGGGGGCACGGCUUCCAAACCUCGAAAUUCUAAUUAUUUGGGGUAAUAACUUGGACGGAAGCAUCCCACCUUCCAUCUGUAAUGCUUCUAAGCUUACAUUUGUAGAUUUUGAGUUGAACUCUUUCUCCGGUCGUGUUCCCAAUACCAUUGGUGAUUUGCAAAUGCUCCAACAACUUCGCAUUUGGCACAACAGUGAUCUAGUGGUUGAACCGUCUUUUCUCACUGCUUUGACGAGAUGCAAUCAUUUGGAAAAAUUAAUGAUCUCGGGGACUUCAUUUCAGGGCACGUUGCCAACUUCUAUCGGAAAUCUCUCCACCUCUAUGCAGAAAUUCACUGCAGAAGGGUGCAACAUACUUGGCACCAUUCCAGAUGAGAUAGGAAACCUGAGCAACAUUAUGGUAAUCGUUCUUUCAAGCAAUCGGUUGAAAGGGUUCAUCCCCAAAAAAAUACAACAACUGAAGAAGCUUCAAUGGUUGGAACUCAUGGGUAAUGAGUUAAGUGGAGUCAUUCCUGACCAACUUUGCGAUCUACAAGCAUUGUAUCGCUUAUAUCUAAAUGACAACAUAUUCUCUGAACAGAUCCCAAAUUGUUUAUCUAAUUUGAGUUCCUUGGAAUAUCUUCACUUGCCAUUCAACAGGUUAACUUCUGAGAUACCUUCCUCAAUAUGGGACCUGACCAAGUUGUUGGAGCUGAAUCUAGCAUCAAACUAUUUGUUCGGUUCACUUCCUCCACGAAUUGGUAACUCCAAAGGCUUGAUAUAUAUGGACUUAUCAGGAAAUCAAUUAUCAGGUGAUAUUCCAGAAAGUAUCGGAGGUCUUUCAAAUUUACAGAAUUUAUCUCUUGCACAAAACCAUUUCCAAGGUAUCAUUCCAGAAUCUAUGGGAAACAUGGUGAGCCUCGAAUCAUUGGAUCUGUCAGCCAAUAAUCUCGCUGGUUUGGUACCCAAAACCAUGGAGUCAUUGAGGUAUCUAAAACAACUCAAUGUAUCCAAAAAUGGAUUAUGGGGAGAAAUUCCAAGUGGAGGCCCGUUUGCAAAUAUGUCUUCAGAAUCAUUUAUGUUGAAUCUUGGCUUAUGCGGUUUACCCAAGUUUGGAGUUAAACCUUGUCCACAACCCAAGGUGGGCAACAAGAAAUUUGGCAAGUUAUUGAUUGCAAUAGUUGCUUCAGUUGUCCUAUCACUUGCAAUUGUUGCUUUCAUUUUGAUGGUGAUGAUGAUACCACGUCCAAAAAAGAACAUAGAAGAUAUCAGAAAUACAGAAUUAUUGCAAUCAGUAACGUGGAGAAGGAUAUCCUUACUUGAGCUUGAACGAGCUACUAAUGGAUUUGACGACUGCAACAUAUUGGGCAGGGGAAGCUUUGGUUGUGUAUACAAAGGUGUAUUAGCCGAUGGCACCGAUGUAGCGGUAAAGGUGUUUGAUGAUUUGGAACGAGAAGCUAAUGAUGAUGAUGGCUCGUAUAGUAAUGAUAAUGAAUGUGAAGUUCUGCGAAAUCUCCGCCACAAAAAUAUUAUUAAGAUUCUCAGCACUUGUUACACAACUGGUUUUAGAGCAUUGAUAUUGGAGUUCAUGCCUAGCGGGAGUUUGCAUAAGUGGCUAUAUUCGCACAACUACUUUCUAGACAUUUUUAAAAGGUUGGAUAUUAUGAUAGAUGUCGCAUUGGCUCUUGAAUAUCUCCAUCAAGGAUAUUCAGUUCCAAUUGUUCACUGUGAUUUGAAACCGAGCAAUGUGUUAUUGGAUGGAGAUCUUGUUGCUCAUAUUGGUGAUUUCGGCAUUUCCAAGUUCCUUGGAAAUGGGAAUUCCGUGACACAAACAUUGACCCUUGCUACAAUGGGAUACAUGGCACCAGAGCUUGGAAUGGAGGGAAUAGUGUCAACAAAGAGCGACAUCUAUAGUUUUGGUAUUCUUGUGAUGGAAGUGUUCACAAGAAGAAACCCGACAGAAGAAUCAUUCCAAGAAGGGAUGGACAUAAAGCAAUGGGUUAGAACAUUCGUGCCUAUGGGAAUUACUGAGUAUGCUGAUGCAAAUCUACUGAAUUGUAGCUGUCACAAGGAUUUAAAGGCUGAAGAAAAUUGCAUAUCAUCAGUUAUGAAAGUGGCGUUACAAUGUUGUGAAGACACACCAAGGGAUAGGAUGGUCAUCAAUGACGUACUCAUCAAUCUCAAAAAGAUCAAGUCAAAAUUCCUGCAAGAUAUUCAUUGAUCUUCCAGCUUGAAGAAAAGCCAGUUAAUGUGAUGCGUGUAUUUUUCCUAUAUGCAUGUUUACCAUACCUACACAACAUAUUAUCCAUUUCUCUCUAUGUCAGUAUUGCCACGUUGCAUUUUGAUUGGUUAUCCUUAUUUCAUGGAAAAAUUUGGCUAUUUCCGACAAAAUUUUUUUAGCUCCAACCUUGGUUUUGAUGUGGUAGCUACAACUAGCCGCAUGUCAUUUUAUUAUUGGUGGGUGCACCUUCCUUUUUUCUUAAUAGUUAAUGUUCUUAAUUAUCUAUUAAAUUUAUAAAAAAAAUUAAAUUAUUAAAAUAUUGAAAUUAUA